AUGGAGAGAUCGAAGAGGAAGAAGACUGGAGAAGGAGCAAAUCAGAGAGUAGCGUUUUACAAGCUUUUCACGUUUGCCGAUCGAUACGACAUCGUUCUAAUGGUGGCCGGGACCAUCUCCGUCGUGGCCAACGGCCUAACUCAGCCGAUUGUGGCAGUACUGAUAGGCCAGAUCAUUAACGUGUUUGGCUUCUCUGAUCAAGAUCACUUGGUCUCAAAGGUUUCUGUGAAGUUUCUUUACCUUGCGGUCUACGCUGGUGUUAUGUCUUUCCUGCAGAGUCUAUUGUUGGAUGGUAACUGGAGAGCGCCAAUCCGCUAG